AAUCAAACGAGUCAAGAGAGAAUAACGCAAAGAGAAAAAUAAAAGAAGCCAUGACAGAGGUCAGACAAAACAGUUACAUCAGUGAUGACAUGGAAGAUAACAAUUUUCGCGAAGAAUUAUUAAGUUGCGCAAAAUUAUUACAUUUAUCCAGCGAUGAUUCUAUACAAGACCCAAUGUCACAAGUUACGUUGGAACAUUUUCAAAUACAAGACUAUGAAAACGAAUCAAUAAUAAAUGAACCACCAUCUGAGACUUCACUGUCGCCAUUGGCAGAAAUCAAAAAUCAAUUAUCAGAAAAUUGGGUACUGAACGAGGUAGAAGAAAUAAACAAUUUGCUAAAGGAGGUUUUAAAUGAUGCAAAAGUCACCGAUAUUGUUCUUUGCGAAGAAACAUGUGCACACAAAACUCCUCCGAUGAUGGAGGAACCAUUAUUUUCAAAGCGCACGCAGAAUGAUGGGUUAUACCCAAUUCCCAGUCUGAAAGAUUUAUCGCGGCAAUUUCCCACCAACGAGAUCUCACUAGAUCCUUUUUUUGACGACGAAAUUGAUGUCCUGUGCCCACUACAAGAAACCUUCUCCCGGGAAAUCUCUCUAGAGUCUGAUGACUUACAAGACAACGAUUUUGAACACAUGACUCCUUUAGAAGAUUAUAAAUCUAAGUGGCCUUUACUGUAUCUCGAAGAACCUGUAAUAACUAAUAAAAUGAAUCGAGUUGUUGAAAAAGACAUACCGACUAGCAUAUCGGAUAUUAUUCCGUUAGUGAUGAACGAGGAAGGGAUGGAAAUAAAUUUAAAAACCCAGAAGGAACAGUUGGUACCUGAAGAAAGUGGAGUUAAAGCUCCGUUAGAGAUAUUAAAUGAAUGGGAAGGUACGAACGAAUUACUAAUAAAUGUAGAAGAGAUAUAUAGUUUUGAGUCCAAAACGUUCGAAGUUUUUGAUGAACCAACACCAUUUCGAGAAACAUUGCGAUUAG